AUGAUAAACCUUAUCAGACCCGUCGCCGGGAAGAUGAGCAAGCUGAUUUCCUCAUGGAAGCUGCUUGCGACGACGAGUGAAGAGGAAAAAGAAAAAGCGCUUACACUCUGUCGAGGUCCUAUUGACUAUGCGCAGAAUUCGGGCGCAAUGUAUGAUGCGGUUGACGAUGAAACAAUAUCUACGGCAGAGCCGCUGACGCUGCCUGGCGAUAGAAGCUUCGCCAUCAGACUUAGUUCCUUUUCCUGGCUUAUCACUCUGAUGAAAGCUGUACCUCUCGGCCGACAUUCACUCAAAGCAAGAGACUUGUUGGAGAACGCAUCCGUUAGAAUGGAUGAGCUGCCGGCUCUAAAAUGGCAAGGCAAUUUCGCCCUGCUUCCACUAGAGGCAGUCGGCGGCAAUAGUCUGGAUGGAGACAAGAUAAUCCUGCCCCAGUCUGCGCUCGAACAGCUGCUCUCCGCGUCGGCGUCUCAGGCUGUCAUGCAGAACAACUACACGACGCCAUCAGCACAGCUUCCAAACCCAUUGACCUUUCGCCUUGUAAAUCCAGCCACCAAUAAGGCUGUUUAUGCUGGAAUUCGGGAGUUCUCAGCGCCGGAAGGCACAGUUAUGCUGAGUCCGUAUUUGCUCAGCGCUUUGGGUUUGGCUACAGACUCAGACGCCACCACCAAGAGCUCGUCUUCAACCGCGUCGCGAACGCAACUUGAUAUACACGCCGCAACCUUACCAAAAGGCACCUAUGCUCGACUGCGACCCUUGGAGGCUGGAUACAAUCCCGACGACUGGCGGCCUCUGCUCGAAAGACAGUUGCGGCGAAACUUUACUUCGCUCACCAAAAAUGCGACGAUGCUCGUGUACGGAGUCCGCGGAGAGGUUUUCCAAUUACUAGUCGACAAGCUAUCGCCGGAAGCAGAGGGUGUCUGUGUGGUGGAUACGGACCUCGAGGUUGACAUUGAACCUUUGGACGAGGAACAGGCGCGCGAGACGCUGCGCCAAGUUAUCAACACCGGCCGCCAAGCAAACGGCAGCGGGGGCGCCAAGGGUGGUGCAAUUGAUAUUUGGAAGCCCGUAUCUGACGAGAUUGCCGUUGGCAGCUAUGUCGAUUAUACUCUUCCCUCUUGGGAUCGAUCCCAACCCUUGCAGCUAACGCUGUCCAACAUGUCGGAUCCUGACGCUCUGGAGCUCUUUGUCACGCCGAAAUCAGGCUAUCAGCGAGCUCUACCUCGAAACACAGAGCACGUUUUCAGCACUUUCGACUCGGCUGGAUCAAGUACAACGAAAACAAAGGUCAUUUCGCCGACAAACGUGGAGAUGGAAAAGGCCGAGAGCAUACAAAUAUCCGUCUACGCGUACCCGGACCCCACGGACACAAUACCACGAGAUACUAUUCAGUACACCCUUCGCGCUCAGAUCUGCCGAGGAAACGACGAAGUCAUUACCGUGGAGAACGUCGAGAAUACCCAAACGCAUGGGGAAAAUGAAGCGCAAUGUUUGAACUGUCAGCAGUGGGUUCCGAAGCAAAGUCUUGUUUUGCAUGAGAGCUUCUGCCGACGCAACAACAUUAUCUGCCCUAAGUGCAAAAUGGUCUUUAAAAAGGGAUCCGACGAGUUCAACGCACACUGGCACUGUGAACACGACGAGGCUCAUGGCACUACACCAUACAGCAAGUACAAGCAUGAUGACAUAUUCCAUGGCAGCUGGCUAUGCCCAUCUUGCACUUUUCAGACAAAUUCAUUGCCGGAUUUGGCAAGACACAGGAGUACGGGUGCUGAUAUUGGGCUUUGCUCUCUCUGCUUCGGACCGCUCUAUGUCAGCAUGCACGAUCCGGACGGAAAAGCGCUCCGCCGACGAAUCGAAAGACGCUAUCUCACACAGCUGAUGAGCGGGUGCCGCAAGAGCCAGUGUAUCAACGAAUGGUGCAAGACUGGCCGCGCCAACGCUGGACUGGAGGUCAAGGGGUCGUCGGUACAGGCUGCUCUGCCGCUGGUUAAGCCACUGGUGGCUACAUGUCUCGACCUGGACACGCCCAUGUACUUUUGCGUCGACGAGCUGAGCCAGACUGGUCGCAAGUUGGCUGCCGCGAUUGCUUCGGAGGGCAUUUGGGAUCUCGAAUGUGGUCCCAUUACCGAGUCGGCCGGGUCACUUAACGAGGCCCUGGAAAAGCGUGACCUGCAUUUCGUUGGCGACGUCGUCUCGAGGCGGACAUUGAAACCAUAUUGA